GAUUGAGCAUAAAAGACGAAUGGAAUAUAAGACUUCAAAAAUCCCCAUUCAACGCGCCUUCACUCUUCCUUAAUAACUUCUUUCUAAUUUCUUCUUCUUCUUCUUCUUCUUCUUCUUCUUUUUUCUUCUUUUUUGUUUGACGUAAAAAUAUUAAAGAAAUAAAUAAUAAUAAUAGUUUAUUAUUAUUACUAUUAUUUGUUAAUAUUGUUAUUGCAUGGUAAGGGUAUUUCCAGUAGUGGGUGGUAAUUUUGCGCAAUAUGUGUGGCGCAACUUCCACGGCGGCGAUAUUAUCAGUGGCAAGAUGGUGGAGAGAAUUCAGGUGGUGGGCGGAGUCGGACACAAAACAGCGGACGGAGUCGGCAUAGCAUGUCGGGUUUCGCGUCCAUCAACUUCGGGGGUUUUUUAUGGAUCAAACCCUCUUGAAGAUUCAUUCUCGGCUUUGCUUUUGGAUGUUGUCUUUGUAAUAUUAAUUAUUCAUCUUCUUCAUCUUUUUCUUAGGCCUCUCCAUCAGCCUAAAAUCGUCUCUCAAAUCCUCGGGGGUUUCAUCAUUGGACCAUCGGUUCUAGGCCACAACAAUAAUUUCAGACUACAUUUGUUUCCAGAAGAUGUGAGUUUCUUACUAACCAACAUCGGUUUAAUCGGUUUCAUGUAUUUCUUAUUCAUUUCCGGAGUCAAAACCGAUCUCAGCCUCAUUAAAAAAGCAGGAAAAAAAGAAUACUCCAUUGCUUCCUUUAGCGUAGUGGUUCCAUUACUACUAAACAUCUCAUUUGCAUUACUCAUAAGAAAAUCCAUGAACGAAGACCUUGCCAAAUUCUCUUCCAUUGGUGCCAUCACUUCCUCUUUAGCCAUCACUGCCUUCCCUGUCGUCCACCCGAUUCUCCACGAGCUCAAUCUCUUGAGCUCUGAGGUCGGUCGUAUGUCGAUGUCCAUCUCGAUAAUCAGCGACGCGGUAGGCAUCAAUGCAGUCAUCGCGUUCGAGGCCGCAAUACAAGGAGAAACGGAUGCCAUUAAUUCAUUAUGGUACCUAAUUUCACUAAUUGUUUUGUUGGGUUUCAUCGUGUUUGGUGUAAGAAGAGCAAUGCAUUGGAUUGUUAAGAGGACUCCUGAAGGGCAAGCUGUGGAACAAGGAUUUGUUGUAGCAAUUUUGCUUGGGGUUUUGAUAAUGGGAUUCUUAACCGAUUUGUUUGGGAUUGCUAUUCUUAAUGGGCCACUUUGGUUGGGUAUGGCUAUUCCUGAUGGUCCUCCUUUGGGUUCAACUCUCGUGGAGAGGAGUGAGACUAUAAUUUCUGAGCUUUUGAUGCCGGUUUCGUUUGCUUUCGUGGGGCUUUACACUGAUGUUUUUGAAAUGGCUAAGGCUGGUUGGCCUACUUUGGCGCCAUUGUUUUUCUUGGCAUUGGCUGGUCAUUUCUUUAAGCUUGGUGCUACUCUCGUUGCGUCUCUUUACUUUCAAUUGCCGGUUCGAGAUAGUCUCGCGGUUAGUUUUAUCAUGUGCUUGAGAGGCCAAGUCGAAAUCGUUCUCCUUCUUCAUUGGAUGGAUAAAAAGAUAAUAAAAAUCCCAGAAUUCACAAUGCUGGUGCUAAUGACUGCAACGGUGACAGCAAUAGUAACUCCACUAGUAAGCAUAUUGUACGACCCAACAAAGCCGUACAUGGUGAACAAAAGAAGAACAAUUCAACACUUACCGCCAGGGACAAAGAUGAAAAUAGUAGUGUGCAUAGAAGAUCAAGGAGAUGUAGCAGCAUUAGUGAGUUUACUAGACAUGUCUAACCCAACCGUGGUUAGCCCAUUUUCCAUCUACGCCCUCCAUCUCAUCGAGCUGGUCGGCCGAGCUGCCCCAGUCUUCAUCGACCACAAAAAAAGCAAAGCUCCUUCCAAGUACACCGCCUCCGACUCCAUCCACAAUGCUCUCAAGCUCUAUGAGGAGGCUCGCUCUGAGCUCGUCAAGUUACAUACCUACACUGCUGUCGCACCUAAGCGAACCAUGAAUCAAGACAUUUGCGAGCUUGGGUUGAUCAAAAGGGCCAAUCUCAUCAUCCUCCCUUUUAGCAGAAGAAAUGGAGAACAUUCAGGAGUGAGAUUACAAAAUAUGAACAUAAGUGUAUUAGAACAUGCACCAUGUUCAGUGGGGAUUCUAGUAGACAAAUGCAAUCUUCACAGUCCAAUGGUAGGACAAUCAUUUUGGAACUCAGCUCAACAUUUUGUUGUUCUGUUUCUUGGAGGAGCAGAUGCAAGAGAAGCACUUGCAUAUGCAGACAGAGUCAUAGGAAACCAGGACGUUUACGUAUCGGUAAUAAGAUUUCUGUCACAAAAUUCAAAAGGAGACAAUGAGUUUGAGAAGAAACUUGAUGAUGGAAUGGUAACUUGGUUUUGGGUAAAGAAUGAAACAAAUGAGAGAGUGAUUUAUAGAGAAGUAGUUGUGAGAAAUGGAGCAGAGACAAUUGCAGCAAUACAAACAAUGAAUGAUGAUUCAUAUGAUUUAGUUGUAGUUGGAAGAAAACAAGGGAUAAAUCCAGUGCUUCUUGAAGGAUUAUCAAAUUGGAGUAAUCAAAAUGAGUUGGGAAUUAUUGGUGAUUUUGUUGCUUCUGAGGAUUUUACUGCAGCAAGUUCCAUUUUGGUUAUGCAACAACAAGUUUUAAGAGAUCAAGGUCAGUUUUCUUCUGGGGUUUGUGGCAAAAUUAGGUUUGAUAUUCGCUAGGAAUAUGUUUUAAUGUUGUGUUGUGUACAUUAUGUAAUUAAUUAACUAAUUAUUUGAUUAGACUUAGAUUAUUAUUAUUGUUCUUAAUUAUUAUGUACAUGGAAUCAAAUUAUAUAUAUAUGAUUCAACCAAAUCUAAUUGAA